AUGUCAGUUAAGUUGGCGAUGCCAUUUAAUUUGCUGCUUUGCAAUUCCAUGGCUGCUACAAUAAUCAGGAUACCCCAAUAUGUUCAAAGGUGCAGCUCUGGCAGUCGUCUGCAUGUUUCUGUUCAUCGCUGCUGCUCUUCCUCAUUCCAUUGGCUCCAUCGCCUCCCAGGGCGUGGUCUUGUAGGUAUUGGAAUUGGACUGGCAUCUGCAGCCGUCCCUGUCUACAUUGCUGAGUGCUGCCCGGGGGCUGUUCGUGCCACACUAGUGACAGUCAACAUCGCCAUGGUCACAGGAGGUCAGUUUGUGGCCUAUCUCUUGGACUACAUGUUUACGUUUGUGCCUGGGACCUGGCGCUGGAUGCUAGGCAUGGCGGCAGUGCCGGCAGUUGUGCAAAUGGUAGGCCUGCUUGCCUUGCUGCCAGAAUCACCACGGUGGCUGAUAAGCAGGGGACGUCUAAGGGAGGGGAGGACGGUCUUGAAGACGCUCAUGCCUACCAAGGAGGCUGAGGCUGUGGAGCACGAAGUUGAGGAGGAGGUUGAAAAGACUGCCAAUGGCAACACACUCAUGAAGAUGGUCUCCAGACCAGAAGUCCGGGAAGAGCUUGUUGUUGUCCCCGACUGUGGUUGA